AUGGUCGCUUUCCCUCGUGCUGCGCUACCGCGGCUCUCCGUCGCCCGACGCUCUAUCUCCUUAUGUCGACACAUCCACUCGUCGCCGUUCAGAUCCGCCGUUGCCCACCCCGUCACUGCUCAUGGCCCUCCUCCCAAAGCUCCUACUACGCCAGAGCGAAAGGAUCCCUCAGGCUUGAACGAUGCCAGCUCCACAAUUGUCGAAUCUGAAGAGCGCAAAACCCCCAAGCUCACCGAUGCGCUCAAGAAACGCUUCUGGAAGGAUGUGCAUGUACAUGGAAAGCCAGAUGAAUAUCAGGUCCUGCUCGACAAGCGACCCGUGCGAACACCAACUAAAGCCAUCCUCUCCAUCCCCUCUACAAAGCCUCAUCUCGCCCACGCCGUCGCCCUGGAAUGGGAUGUGAUGACCUCCGCCCAGCAGGCUCUCAAAAGCCACCUCAUCCCCAUGACCUCCCUUGCCGCCCGCGCCACCGAUAUCGCCCUCGAAGAUGCCAAGGGCGAUUCCACCACCCGAAACCAGAUUAUAACUACAGCCAUGCGCUACUUAGAUACCGAUACUCUUCUCUGCUGGGAGCCUGAGCGCGAGGUUCACGCAUUGGAUCGCAAACCCGAUGGAACGCCCCAUGAGAGCUUGCGCGAUAUCCAGACUCGGGUCGCCAAGGAUAUAAUGAGCGUUCUGUCUACAAAGGUGUGGCCUGGUCUUGAGAUUAUUCCCAUCCUGGACACCGAGAGCAUCAUUCCUCUUUCACAGCCCAAGGCGACUAAGGAGAGCAUCCGCACCUGGGUGUCUGAGCUGUCGGCACAUGAUCUGGCCGGAUUGGAGCGUGGUAUCCUUGCAUCCAAGAGUCUUCUUAUUGCAGUCCGUUUGUUGACCGAGUGGAGUGAGAACUUCCGUCACAUCCAGCGACCCCAGACGAAGAAGUUUGGUAUUGAAGAGGCGGCCGAGGCUGCUAACUUGGAGGUUACCUGGCAGACUGAUAAGUGGGGUGAGGUCGAAGACACCCACGACGUUGGCAAAGAGGAUAUGAAGCGUCAGUUGGGCAGCGUUGUGAUUUUGAUGGCUGUUGAGCCUGCCUUGCUUUGCAAGCACAAACGGUCCAAGAGCGCCAUAGCGCUUUCCCUUCUCCACCGGGACAAGUCCAGAGGCGAAGACAAAGAAGAGGACGAUACCAGCUCAGUCGUAUCCGGCUCGUCGAACGGUGCCUCCUUGAAACACACUCGCAGCAGCAGCCGCCACAACCGUCGCAAACAAGCCCAAGAGCCGAGCCCACACCCGCCCAUCCAAGAACACGCGGAGGAUAUGGACACAGUGGAGGAAAUGCCCUCGCUCUCUCAGAUGGAGACCGGCAGCAUGUCCCUCGAACAGUCUGUUCGCACAUUCCGACUUUUCGAGAUCCUCCGUACCGGCGACACCACCGCGAUCGCCAAGGCCAUCAAGGAGACGAAUGAUCCGCAGGGUGCGAAUGCUCUGAGCGGCACAACCAUCCUCCACUUGGCUCUGCAGUGUGCUGAACCCCAAGUCGUGGAAUAUGUUCUAUCUGCCGCGGAGGAGGGCGAUAUCAAUUCAAGGGAUCGGGAUGGAAACACACCCCUCCACAUCGCCGCCCAGUUGGGCCGGGGUCCGCUGGUUCGCGAAUUGCUGAACCGCCCGUCUAUCAAUGAUUCCAUUGUCAAUUACCGUGGUCAGACAGCGCUGGAUUUGGCCCGCACCCCUGAAAUCUUCCAGCAGCUCCAGCUUGCGCGAUCUUUGUUCAUCGACAGCAAGAACCAGGAGAUCCAGACUCUGAUUGCAAAUGCCGAUUAUAAAAACCUCGAAGCUCUGCUGGAAGAGCCGAGGGUAGAGGGGAUCAUGGAUGUGAACAGUUACGAGCUUGUGACUGAGCGGACCACGUCACAGUCUGGUGGUACUCUCUUGCACGAGGGCGCUAGAAAUAAGGAUGCGCAGCUUAUUGAGAUCCUUCUGACGCAUGGCGCGGAUCCUUUCCGUCGUGAUAAGAAGGGGAAGCUACCGCAGGAUGUUACUAAGGAUGAUAAGACGCGUGCUCUUUUGAAAAGAUCUCCUGCUGCUGUGAUUGCUCAGCGAGGAAUCCAGGAAAAGGCUAUUCUUGGAAACACGAAUGCGCAAGGCCUUGCUGGUCGUGUUUCAAUCGGCGAUGCACCAUUGGGAGGCAAGGAUGCGAGAGAGAUGAGAGGUUAUCUUAAGAAAUGGACUAAUUAUACAACCGGAUACAAGCUGCGCUGGUUUGUCCUGGAAGAUGGAGUUUUGAGUUAUUACAAGCAUCAAGAUGACGCGGGCUCUGCCUGUCGUGGUGCCAUCAACAUGAAAAUCGCCAGACUGAACAUGGAUGCUCAGGAUAAAACACGCUUUGAGAUUCACGGAAAGUCCUCGGUGAAGUACCAUCUCAAAGCCAACCACGUCGUGGAGGCAAAGCGGUGGUUCUGGUCUCUCAAUAAUGCCAUCCAGUGGGCCAAGGAUGAGGCAAAGGAGGAAGAGAGGCAACGGUCAAAGAAUGCAGAAGUGCUCCGUCAGGCUAAGAUUGAUCAGACGGAAGGUCGUCCCACAGACACCCCCUCUGAAUCUGGACUUUCUCACAAGCCCAGCACUAAGGGUCUUGCUCCCCCGUCUUUGGGAGGGGCCAGCAGCUCUGGCACCAGGCUGAGCACAUAUGCAUCGCGCACCACUCUCGAUAUUCCAGCUGGAGACGAGGACAGCUCCACAUACGGAGGCUCCUACGACCAGAGCAACGCCCCUAACGACAUGAACCGUGUAAUUAGUCACGUAACGACCGCGAACGAUGGAGAAGGCGAUGACGAGGAAUUCAUUGACUAUGGCUCCAGCCAUGAAAACGACAUGCCCGCCGCCGAUAAAGAUGCUUUGAACAUCACCGCACAAUCUGCGAAGCUUCAAUUGGACCUUCUCGCUAACGUCACUGCAUCUCUGCAGGCGGAGAAGGCUAAAAACCCCGACAUGACUAUCGCGGAUCCCGCUCUCGAGCAAGCCCUUGGUGCAUACGAGGCUGCGGUAAGCAGUCUCAAGGGCCUAGUGCAGAACCUCCUGAAGAUCUCUCGCGACCGAGACUCUUACUGGCAAUCUCGCCUUGGUCGCGAGGAAUCUAUUCGCCAGAUGUGGGAAGAGAGCAUGGCACGUGUUGCUCGCGAGCACGAGGAGCUGCAAUCGAAGAUGGGCGAGUCCGAGGAAAAGCGGAAGCGCACGAAGAAGGCUCUCAAGGAGGCUUUGGAGAGCGCAACCGGCAGCACUCGUUCUGUGGGCGGCGCUGUGCCAUCCCAGGUUCAAACUGAGAACCCAAGCCUCGAGGUCAGUCAGGUUGAAGUCGGUGAUUCCGAGGCUGCUGAAGCGGAGCAAGCUGCCCAGCAACCAUCGGCGAAGCCGGCUCUUAGUCGCAACGCCUCCACCUACUCUAAGAUGAGUAGCCUUUGUGACUCAGAGUCGGAUGGAGAGGAGUUCUUUGAUGCUAUUGAUGCUGGUGAAAUAGAAGUAGAGGAUUUCAACAAGGUUGAGGGAAACAAGAUAGAAGAGCCUAAAGAUGGGACUGCUGAGCUCCGAGCUGUCAAGUCAACCGUGAUUGCACCUUCGUUCAAGGGUUACGAGGAGCCAGUGAGACAGCGACUCAAGAUGGACGCUGAUGAUCGACCCAAAAUCUCUCUCUGGGGUAUCCUCAAAUCUAUGAUUGGAAAGGACAUGACCAAGAUGACUCUUCCCGUGUCCUUUAACGAACCCACCUCACUGCUUCAGCGUGUGGCCGAGGACCUCGAGUACACCGACCUCCUUGAUAUUGCUGCCGACCGCACCGAUUCCAUGGAACGUCUGGUGUACGUGGCUUCCUACGCCGCUAGUGAGUAUGCCUCGACGAUCGGUCGUGUGGCUAAGCCUUUCAACCCUCUUUUGGGUGAGACUUUCGAGUAUGUGCGUCCGGACAAGGGGUAUAGAUUCUUUGUGGAGCAGGUCAGCCACCACCCACCUAUUGGUGCUGCGUGGGCCGAGUCACCUAAAUGGGACUACUGGGGUGAAUCCUCUCUCAAGUCCAAAUUCUACGGCAAAUCCUUCGAUAUCAACCUGCUGGGUACAUGGUUCCUGAAGCUUCGUCCUUCAUCCGGCGGCGAAGAGCUCUACACCUGGAAGAAGGUAACAUCAUCGGUCAUCGGUAUCAUCACCGGUAACCCGACCGUUGACAACUACGGCCUGAUGGAAAUCAAGAACUGGACAACCGGCGAAGUCUGCUACCUCGACUUCAAGCCUCGAGGCUGGAAGGCCUCAUCCGCCUACCAAGUAACCGGCAAAGUCGUCGACAGCGAAGGCUCUCCGAAAUGGAGUAUCGGCGGCCGCUGGAACGACAAGAUUUACGCUCGCCACACCCCAGGCUUCGAAGCAGCCGUCUCCGGCCAAGACCCCGAGUCCGCUAAGACAUUCCUUGUCUGGCAGGCCCAUGAGCGUCCCACCGGCGUGCCCUUCAACCUGACCCCCUUCGUCAUCACUCUAAACGCUCUGCCUGAGGGCCUGAAGGACUGGCUUCCUCCCACGGAUACCAGACUUCGUCCCGAUCAGCGUGCCAUGGAAGACGGCGAGUAUACUCUUGCUGCUGACGAGAAGCACCGCGUGGAAGAGAAGCAGCGUUCUAAGCGUAGAGAUCGCGAUACCAUGGGCGAGGUCUACUCGCCACAGUGGUUCGUCCGUGACCAGUGCCCGGUUACUGGUGAGGAAUUCUGGGCUCAUAAUGGAAAGUACUGGGAGUCCCGUGAUGCGCAGGACUGGAGCAGAUCAGAGGAUAUCUUCUGA